CGUGAACGUCGCCGCCAGGACCGAUCGCUGCCUCCUCCCGAUCCCGCUGCCAAUCGUCCACACCGGGGAAACGAAAAUUUCAACCGGCAAAAUGACGGCUGAUUCCGACAAAGAUAGCAGCAACUGUUUGGUCUGCAACAGCAAAGUCGGGGUGUCCGCUAGAAACAGCGUACGCAUUUUCGGUAACUCCACCGUUACCACGUCGGGGAAAAUGCUGAUCGAUGUUAUAGCGGCUAUCUUAGAGGUCGAUAUCAGUGAGGACUCUGUACAUUCCCUUGUGAUCUGUAAAAAAUGUUAUAAACUGUGCGACGAGUACGAUGAGCUUGAAAAUAAAUUAGCCAAAAUCAAGCUGAAGAUAUUUAACAAUUACAAGAAUACAGUGAAAGAAUAUCCCGACAUAUUUCCAAACGAGGAGGAGUAUAACGAACACGACUACGCGGACAAUGCGGAGAGUCAAAGUGCCGUGAUAGAGAGUGUGGUAGAGGAGAAGGAAUUUAUAGUACAGGAGGAUGUGGAAGAGGAAGAAGAGGAGGAGGAGGAAGAAGAGGAGUUCCCUAUUGAGACUGAGGAUACUAUAAUCGAUGCUGAAGAACUGACUGAGAUCAAAGCUGACGAUGAUGACAAGAAGAAACUGAGGAAGAGCAAAGGAGCUGGUAUGAAGGAAGAGGAAGUUAUUCCAGACCAAAUUGUACUUAGAGAUGGCUCCACGUAUACUUGCUUGUUAUGUUUCGACAAAGAGGACAAAGUGUCGGGAGACGCGAAGACUGUUAUAGCGCACAUGAAGAGCGUGCACGAGACUCGCCUGUACAUUUGCGACGUGUGCGGGCAGGACUUCAGAAAACGUAACGAACUGUCGUCGCAUCUCGACGACCACGUGGCGAAGGAGGAGGGUGAUUUUCAGUGCGAAAUAUGCAAUCGGAUAUUCAGCAACUUACGAUUAUUCCGGAUUCACAAGAGAAUACAUUAUCCUCAGGUGAAGUCGUGGCAUUGUGAAACAUGCGGGAAGAGAUACAGCUCGAAGAACUUGCUGGACGAGCACACCAACACACACACGGGUGUUCGGCCGUACAUCUGCGAGACCUGCGGCAAAGACUUUGCGUCCAAGUACACGUACAAAGCGCACGUGAAGACGCACGAGAUACGACCGCGUCCGUUCCAGUGCGGUCGAUGUAACAAAACGUUUCUGAGCCAGCAAAACUUGAAUCGGCACGAGGAGACGCACAACGGUCUGAAGGAAUACGUGUGCCAUCAGUGCGGCAAGGCUUUCGGCUCCCCUUACAAUCUGGAGGUCCACAACAUCGUGCAUUCUGGGCACAAACCUUACAUAUGCAGAACGUGCGGUAAAGCGUUCGCUCGUAAAGCGGAAAUACGCGAUCAUGAGCGCACUCACACGGGCGAGAAACCUUACCAGUGUGAGUUUUGCGGCGCGACGUUCAGUCAAAGGUCAAAUCUUCAAUCUCACAAGCGGGCGACGCAUUACAACGACAAGCGUUACAAGUGCGAAGAUUGCGGUAAAGGCUUCAAGAGGAGGAGAUUGUUGGAUUAUCACAUCAAAGCGGCGCACACCGGCGAGAGACCGCACAAAUGCGGCUUGUGCUCGGCCAUGUUUGUAUAUCCGGAACACUACAAGAAGCACAUGCGUAUACACACCGGCGAGAAACCGUUUUGUUGCGAGGUGUGCGGCAAAGCGUUCAACAGUAGAGACAACAGAAAUGCGCAUAGAUUUAUACACAGCGAUAAGAAGCCGUAUGAAUGUUUGGUGUGCGGCAUGGGCUUCAUGAGGAAACCACUGCUCUACGCGCACAUGCAGGCUCAGGACCACUUGAAUGACACCAUAGUUGUGAAUCAGCCGCGACUAACGACGGACGACAACCAGGUUAUAACGAUUCCCGCUAAUACUAAUGACUUGUUGAUGGAGGAAACUGACAACGGACAGCUGGAAACAACUGGCUUGUACGUGACUGAACUGAAGGAUCACGUGAUCAUACAGCAGGAAGAGGAGGAUCCGAUAUACACGGAAGAGGAUGUAUUGAAUAUACCCACGGAGGAGCACGUAGACACGGAAGUGGAUCAUCUCGUCGUCGAGACUCAGAUGGAUUUCACGGAGAACGAGGGUAUGGAAUGCAAAACCGAUACCGAAAUUGUGGAACACGUCGAAGAGGUGUACAAUUAUAAUGAGACCGAGGAGGGUGAGACGAUAGUCGUACCUACCACUUCGGAGUACAAAGAGAUAGACGAUAAGAACGUCCGUUUGGUGCAGAUCAGAUUCCCUACAUCUGUGAGCGGGGAGGGCAGAAGUUGGCUGAGCUUAGUACAAAACACUUGAAUCGUUUGACGCCCCGAAUACAUAAUGCAGCUUGUUAGAAUAGGUUUUGUGAGUUUCAAUUACCGGGGGGAGGGAGAGAGAGAGAGAGAGAGAGAGAGAGAGAGAGAGAGAGAGAGAGAGAGGAGAAAGA